CUGAGCAUGCCCAGUAGGCUGUCAGGUCCCAUAGCAGGCUUAUCCUGGUAAUACUUUUGUCUUGCCUUCCUUCUGCACUUUCUUAGUUGACACAGUGCUGCAGCCUUUCGAGGAUAACUCCUAUCCUCUGCCAGGGUGAUCAUUUAAAGUCAUGGCUGCCACGGUGAAGCAAACUGCUAAGGUGGCAAAUGGAGAAUCGUCACAUAUGAAGGCCUACAAAGAGGCCGUGCAUGGGAUACUGAGAACGCUGCAGAGCUGUGUGAAGAAUCUCCAACAACCCGAAGAGGCUGUGAACAUGUCUGUAAACUGGGAAAAAAUCAAAUGCUCGUCUGAUGUCAAGCCAGCGUUCCUGCGUUCCGUUCUUCAGCAGCACAUAUCUGGACUUCAGCCUCUUGUAGAUCAGCUUAAAGAUUUGGAAAGUAUCAAAGAAGAAAAAGAUUCUGACAUACAGCAGACCAGAGAAACCCCCUGUACUGGAGAAUCGAAGGAGAACAUUAAAGUUGGACGCAUUGGCACAAAACAUCCAAAUAAAAAUUCUGAACACCUGCCUGAUCCCUCAGUUGUCCAAAUACAGGCUGGAAAGUCAGAAAUCGACAGAAGGAUACUGGCAUUCAUAGAGAGAAAGCAAGCAGAGAUCAAUGAAAACAACGUCCGGGAGUUCUGCAACGUUAUUGAUUGUAAUCAAGAGAACAGUUGCGCCAGAACAGAUGCCGUUUUCACUCCAUAUCCUGGAUUCAAGAGCCAUAUAAAAGUUUCCAGGGUUGUGAAUGCAUAUGGGCCUCAAACUAGAACUGAUGGAUCCUCUUCCAACUCCAGGGCACAUUCUCUCCCACAUGACUGCGGUAACCAGGCCGUGGAGGAGAGGCUGCAAAAUAUUGAAUAUCACCUACGGCUAAACCCAGGAGGUCCUGUGCCAAAAGACAUUUAUCAGAGAAUUAAAAAGUUAGAGGAUCGUAUCUUGGAAUUAGAAGGCAUUUCCCCUGAGUAUUUUCAGUCAAUGGAGAUGUCCAAUAAGCGAAGAAAAAUCCAGACUUCACAGAGCUACUCAUUGAUGGAACUUGACCAAAAAAUAAACGCUCUCAGGCAGUCCCUCUACAAAAAAGCAAACAUGGAGUCGUUGGAAAAGAUGUAGUCCUAUGGAUUUUGCUGUGGAUAUUGUCUACUCUAGCUGUAGAAGUAUCUAGCGUAGAUAUUGGGGAAGUUACUAUUGUAAAUUAGUAUUUAUAUAUGGUCUUCUUUUUCUUGCUAUGUUUACAUGACAGUGCAGCUGCCAGGAGGCUAUAAACACUGUCAUGGUCAGUAUUUAUCCUCUCCAGAGGAUGAUCUUAAAGUGCCAGUCCUUAGUUUUAGGCCCGUGCAGUCUUCAGCUCCAGCAUUGGGAGACGCUGGCCACGCUGGGGGAUACAGUUGCCAAGGCAGUCGUGCCACGCUUAGCUGAGUUUGCUGAGUCUGGUACAAAUGCCUCGGCGACUGUAUCGCCCAGCAUGGCCUGCGUCUUCCCAUGCUGGAGCUAAAGAUUGAGCGAGCCUAAAACUUGGGAAUUGCGCUUUUCAACUUCUGAAUAUGUGGCAACACAGGUUUCCAGUCUUCUACCCACAUGGGCUGCUGUUGAAGCUCUGCCCACUCUUGCUGCAGCAACAAGAAGCACAUAUGGAGCAACAGUGUGAUAAAUAAAAGAUAAUAUUGGCUUACACCAGAGUACCCCUUUAUGGCCUAUUCACACCUACAGUAUUAUGUGCAGAUUUGAUGUGCAGGAUUUUCUGCUGCAGAUUUCAAUGUAAACUGAACACAUCUUGAAAUCCUGCGCAUCAAAUCUGCGCAGAAUACUGUACGUGUGAAUAGACCCUAAAUCAGAAAAAAAAAGUGUAAAUAUAAUGGCGUAGACUUUGGAAAAUACCAAAUCUGCAGAUUAUGUAGAUCCUCUGCAUACUAUUAAAAGAAGUGUUUUGUAAAUAGCAGUUUCUUGUUAUCUAAGUUGUGUAAUAGUGGAAUCAUUCUCUCUGUGCCAGUUGUCAGAAUAAUAAUAAAACGUUACUUUGAUACUA